AUGUCAAGCUUCAGCGGAGCAAGCCUGAGUAGCGCUCCCCCUACGACUGCUGCAGACUCUCCCAGCUGGCUCAACCGUGGCCGCGGCCACGUCUUGUACCCUCUUCUCGCCAUCCUCUGCGUCGUCCUCAUCCUUCUCUUGUGCCAUUACAUGUGCCGGAUCAUUUGCAGCUGGAAGUCUCUGCGCUUGAAUGAAACCUCCACGGUUGGCCCUCCCCCUGGAGUCAGCUCAGCUCGAAACGCCCGACCUAAUCCCGCUACGCUUGCGUCGCUACCGAUCUUUGUGUUCUCGAUGGAUGGCGACGAGAAGCUGGAGUGCAGUGUGUGCUUAGCGGAGUUCAAACAAGCGGAGAGAGGGCGGCUCCUUCCAAGAUGCAACCAUAGGUUCCAUGCCGACUGCAUCGAUACGUGGUUGCAGUCGCACUCCACCUGCCCCAUCUGCCGCUCGGCCAUCGAAACUACAGCUCCCGACUCGGACGACACAGUAUGA